AUGGAUGUUGUAAGGUUUCACAGUGUUUGUGGGUCAUGUCGAUCUUCCAUCCCUCCCUCUCUUCCAAAUUCUCCUUCUUUCCCUAUGCAAAUUCCCCACCCAUCGAACCAUUCCAUAGAAACCUUGCUCAACCAAGCCACAGUCUAUGUUAUUGAGCCAACUGAUGCAAAUGGAGCCUCUAAUUUAGAGCCUUUGGCAAUUUCAACCAAAUGGAGGCUGAUUAAGGUUGAGGAAUCAAAGAAUCACAAUCACAAUCACAAUCACCCCUUGACUUUACUGAGUCCAAUAUCUGAUCGCAAAAUCUUGUACCCUCAUGGCUCUAAUUCCCCUAUGUUGUGGAACUUGUUGGACUUUCGAGUCACUGAGUUGUGCAAAUCAUAUACCCCCAAUAUCUCAUCUGCCACUGUGAGCAAAGUUGUGUUCUUUCCCAAUUCCCCUUGGAUUGGUGUCGAAGAUUCCGUGGCUUGUUGCAUCUUUUUGGACGGCAAGUUGGGGUUCAUGAAACAUGGGGAUGAGAAAUGGAACCUUGUGGAUAACGAGAACUUCUUCUACGAUGAUGUUAUUGUGUUCAAGGGUCAGUUUUAUGUGACUGAUAAGUGGGGUACCAUUUCAUGGAUUGAUACCUCUUCUUUGAAAUUGGUGUAG